AUGGAGCACCGAACGCAUUGGGCAAUCAAGCAAAUCAACUUUGAUCUCCACAAUGCGGGUGAGCAAAGGCUUCUAGAGCUUCAUGAGUUGGAAGAGUUGAGAAUGAACGCAUAUGACAGUGCAAGCCUCUACAAAGCAAGAACCAAGGCAUGGCACGACGCUCAAAUUUCCAAGAAGGAAUUUGUGGAAGGACAAAAGGUCCUACUCUACAAUUCAAGACUCAAGCUCUUCCCCGGGAAAUUGAGGUCUAGAUGGAGCGGUCCAUUUCAAGUAUCCAAAGCCUUUCCUUAUGGCUCGGUUGAGAUAUUCAAUGACAAGUACCCUCCAUUCAAAGUGAAUGGGCACCGUCUCAAGCCAUACUAUGAGGGUCAACUAAUUGAGAAGCCAGAAAAUUUAUCUCUCAUUGAUGUUUUCAAGUCACCAUGA